AAAAACACUUGUUUAUUAAAAAAGCACUUCAUUUGUACUAAAUAAAUAUGUUUCCAACUAGUACUCAGUGCAGGUUUUGGAUGUUCAGCAGCGAAGAAGAAUUAAAUAAGUUAAGAGAAAGAGCAAAUUUAAAACAUAUCCAAAUAUAUGGAAGACAGAUCAAUGACUCGGCGAAAUAUGAAUUCUUUCUCACGCCAGAGGAAGAAAAAGUGAUGGUUAAGCGGUACGAAUUACAUCUAAGGGAUUUUUGUAAACGUUUUCAACCGCCCAUGCCGAGGUGUGUGGUGGGCACAUCUUUUCAUUACUUCAAACGAUUUUAUAUAAACAAUUCAGUGAUGAACUACCACCCAAAAGAAAUCAUGGUUACUUGCAUUUAUUUAGCCUGUAAGGUAGAAGAAUUCAACGUAUCAAUCCAACAGUUUGUUAGCAACAUUAAAGGCGAUAGAGAAAAAGCCACAGACAUUAUUCUUAACAACGAACUGUUGUUAAUGGAACAACUCAAUUUUCACUUAUCGAUUCAUAACCCGUAUAGACCGGUAGAAGGCUUGCUGAUUGAUAUCAAGACCCGGGGAUCACUACAUGACCCGGAAAGACUCCGUCCUGGAAUAGAACAUUUUCUGGAAAGAGCGGUACUAACCGAUGCUAUAAUGUUGUAUUCUCCCAGCCAAGUAGCACUAGCGGCUGUUCUGCACGCCGCCUCCAAGUUGCAGGAAAAUUUAGAUUCGUACGUAACAGACAUAUUAUUCGGCGAGGACGGAAAGGGGAAAUUGGAGGAUUUGAUUGAGGCUGUAAGAGGCAUUCGGUCGAUGGUUAAAAUGGCCGAUUCAAUUCUAGACAGAAAUCAACAAAAGGCGCUUGAUAAAAAGCUGGAGAAGUGCAGGAACCCAGAAAAUAAUCCUGAUAGUGAAAUAUAUAAAAAAAGGAUGCAGGCAAUGUUAGAUGAAGAUGAUGACCUCUACCAUGCCAUUUCCGCCCAAAGGAAUUCUUUGGAUAAUUCUACGCUGAAUAUGUCUGUACCGGCUUCUCCUGAGGUCGCAUAGAAUGCAUUUGUUGAUAAAUUUCAAACACAAACAGUUGUUUGAUUCAGAGAUGCUUUACAAAAGCAAAUUAUAAUAAUAAUAAGUUUAUAUAUAAUAUCAAAUUUUACUUGAAAUUAUUUAAUUUGAUAUUUUUGAAUGGUUUCUUCUUUUCGGUGUAACAAGAAGUUUUUUUUUUAUUACAAUAUUUAAACCUGUUUAUACUAUUUGGAAAAUUUUUUUAAUUGUAGCGUAGAAUUAGAGUAGAAAAUGUUAGAAAUGUCUCCCAAAUAAGUUUUUAAAAAACUGGAAUGAAUAUUUUCUAUCUAAAUCAAUUCCUGGAAAUUAAAAUUAAUAAUG